UUUAAAGACACAACUGAUAAAAGUUUGCCUAAAUUAUUACUAAUGCUAACUGUGAACGAUCUUUUGAAUCCCAGCAUGAAGCCAACAACAUUGACUCUUUGGGAUCAAUUCACUCAUCACGAGGCAAAAAGGAUGACUGAACUUACAGGACCAUAUCCUGUUGUCAUGGGUGUUAGGCUCAAAGUUAAUGCUUCAUAUGAGACUAAGCUUGAAACUAAAGGUUUGACGAUUUUCAAUUUCGAUCCUCCUCUGCCUGAAGCAAAUGUGCUCAGAACUUGGUGUCUUGCCCACUCAAUCGAAAUCCAAAACCUCGACAUAGGUCAUCUUAAUCAGAUAGGGACACCUAUCACUCCUGUUGAAUCACCAUUCGAGAGAGACAUCAUUAAGAUUGACCGUCUUCCCACGAUUUCUCGUAAUGUAAUAUUCAUUGCAGCUGUAGUACUAUUGGAUACAACCUGUCUGCAAGGUCACUGA